AUGAGUUCAUGGAAUGAAAGAACACCCUUAUUAUCAAGCAUAGUCGAUCGCCAUUCGGGAACACCUCUACAAAGGAAAACCCGAAAGCAAAUCUACCUUUAUGUGUUUGGCUUCUUAUUCAUCCUGAUAAGCCUUGUCUAUACCAUUCGCAAUACAUUGCCAACCCCCCUUUCUGAUGUUGAAGCAAGCAAAUACAACAGUUUCCCGGGCAUCCACUCUUAUAACGAAUAUUUGUCUCAUUUCAAUACACCUCAUUCUGCGAAUCAACGUGGCAAUGAGGAAAUGAAGGAGUGGAUUAUACAGUUAGCGCGCGAGUUUAAAGUGGAAGCAAGUAAGCGUGGUAUACCUAUGGAAAUAAUUGAAGAAGACCCAACCGAUCUAGUUUCCAAAAGGAAUAAGUUUACAUCAGAUGAAUACUGGUUAGUAGAGUCGAGAAAUAUUAUUAUUCGCUUGACAGGAGCUUCCAAUACGACAGAAGAAUCGUAUCUGAUAAAUGCACAUUACGAUAGCGUAUCCACAAGUCAUGGUGUGACAGACAACGGAAUGGGCACAGCCGUUGCUCUCGAGCUUCUUCGGUACUUUGUUCAUCAUCCUCCCAAACAUACGGUGAUCUUUUUAUUCAACAAUUUUGAAGAGGGAGGUUUAAUAGGCGCCGAUGCCUUUGUUCACCAUCCGUGGUUUUCCAGCAUCAAGCUUUUCGUCAAUUUGGAGGGAACAGGUGCGGGCGGACGAGCCUUAUUGUUCAGAAGUAGCAGUUUGGCUGCUGUACAAGGUUUAGCGAAAUCCAAGGCCCGUUUUGUCCAUGCAUCCCCAUUAGGCAACGACCUGCUGCAAGCCAAGCUUCUAAAGAGUGAUACCGAUUACACAACGUUUGCAAAGCAUGGUGUUCCGGGAUUGGAUUUUGCAUUUUAUUAUCCUCGCUCCCACUACCAUACGCAACGAGACGAUCUGGCGCAUACGACGCCCCAUUCUUUGCAACACAUGGGUCAGAUGGCAUUAGCCACCGUAUUGAGUAUCGACAGCAGCUCGACCCUACUUCCCCAAUCCGGAGAGCCUGAACACAUCAUCUAUUACGAUAUUCUGGGUCGCUUCAUGCUGGCCUACAGUUUCUUCACCUGUCAGCUGCUGAACAUCCUUGCCUUGACGGUGGUUCCUGUGGGUCUUUGUGUAGGGUUCUGGUGGUCGCAUAAAACUUCCGUGUCGGAUGCGCAGGAAUUGAAAAAGCUCUUGAAACGCCAACUGCGGAGUGUCGCUCAAGGCUUUUUGGCGACGGUGGUGGCUGUCCUCUUUAUGAUUGUCUUGACGGCUCUUUCCGCUUGGGUGAUGCUAAUGAUCAACCCAUCAUCUACGUAUGGAAGUAGCAACAGCGUCGUUCUUUAUUUGGCAGGCGCUGCCUUUUUGGGCCUGCUCAUUUCGCAAUGGGUGUUGCUUCAUUGGGUCCCGUCCGUUCCGUUGAGCCUGACAAGAAUGGAAGUAGGGUUUUACGGUCUCACGGCAUUUUGGUGGGUAUUGCUUGCUCUGGCUACCUAUUUGGGAUGUAAGAAAGUGGCGGCUAUCUACUUUGCCAUUUAUUUCUUUAUCAGUAGCGUCCUAGCCACACUUGUAUUGGAAAAUACGGAUCCUGUGGAUGCGGAUGCUGAAGAUGAACAGGAGGAAAGUGAGGUGAUCGUGACCCUCGUAGGGAGAAAGGUCAGUCGGUUCUGGUCGAUUGCGUUUGUGAUCCAAACGCUGAUGCCAGUUAUCUUGAUGUCUGAAUUUUUGUUCCUCACCAUGGAUUCUAUGCGUCAUACCACUGCUGAUGGAACACCUGAAUCAACCCUGUAUGCUUUAUUUGCUGUUCCGAUCAUGUUGAUUGUUCUGCAUUUAUUGCCUUGGGUUCAUGCAGCCGGCGAAAUUCAAAAGACAACGUUCUGUUGCAGCGCUGUAUUCAUCCUCCUCUUUUUGGGCUGUGCUCUUUCACAACCCUUCAAUGGUGGAUCUUCUCCUAACCGUAUUGUGUUUAACCAAGAAUACAACACGACCGACUCGUUAGCCACUGUGGCCUUAAUUACGGGAUCUUCGUUCGGUGUGCUCGAAAGAACGCUGAAAGACGUGUUGCCUCCGUCAGAGCUCGAUACGCUGACUUGCGAGCCCUACAUGACUUACCAAACCCGAUGCACGUAUCAAACCGAACUGGCACCUAUGUAUGCUCGGGAUGAGGCGCAGGAAGUGUCUCAACUGGAAUGGACCACUUUGUGUGAUGUAGAGCGGUGUCGUGUCAAUAUCACAUCGCGCGUGGAGCAUAGUCUGAUAUGCCAACUGCAAUUCACAAACACAGACAUUCGUGGAUUAGAGGCGUGGGUGAAUGGACGUUCGAUUGAAAAGAAAGACGCAAAUGAGACAAUGCAUGCCAUCACUGUUUAUAGUAAGAAGCAACAAAGUACACUCCAUUGGGAUCUCGCGUUUGAUGCGAAUCAAGUCGCGGGUCAAGCGCAGUUCAGUUGUGUGUAUGAUGAUUGGGUUCAAGGUGAACUGCCUGCCUUUACUAGGUUGAAAAACAGUCUGCCCUACGAUGCUUUACUUACUAUUAAAGGUGGAGUUGGGCUUGCUAAAGUACACUACCUUCCACUUAUCCCAUUAAAUUAA